GUCGCCUGGGCGGUGGGAGCAAGGGCCGUGCGGUGGCCGGGGGAGGGCUGCGGCCCGGGAGCGAGACCCGGGACCCCGACCCAGAACCGUGACCGAGACCCCAGACUCCGCCCAGACUCUGGACUCAGACGCAGACCGAGACCCCAGACCCAGCCCGGACUCUGGAAGCCGACGCAGACCGAGACCCCAGACCCGGCCCAGAUUCUGGACUCCGACCCAAACCCCUGGUCGAGACCCCAGACCCAACGCAGACCCCUGAUCAAGACCCCAGACCCGGCCCAGACUCCGGAUCCCGCCCCAGACCCCUGACCCGCCCCAGACUCCGGACCCAGACCCAAAGCCCUGGCCGAGACCCCAGACUCCGGACCCAGACCCGAACCCCGGACGCAGACUCCGGACCCCAGUCCCCGGCCCAGACCGCCCUCCCCCUCCCCCGCCCCGACCCGAGCGCCUUUGGGUUUGAAGCCCCAGCUCCGAGUUCCACGGAUUUCCUGCCUCUGGGAGUCCCGUCGCGAGGCUGUAAACAUAUUUCUCGUCUUGUUGUGUAGCCCUUGCUCACCCGAGUGUCUUGUUACUAAGCCAGCUGUUCCCAUAAAGCCGGUAUUUUUGUUGUACCUGCGCUGCCCGCUGGCCACGUGCGGCAGUUGAGCUUCUGAAAUGCGAGUCCCUAACGGCCUGGGCGGUGAGGGUAAAAACACGGCCUUCAAAGACUUAAAGCAGAGAAAAUGUCAGGGGUUCCUACACCUCUUCAGAGCUGCUGAGAAGUACAUGGCCCAGAGCAAGCACGCCGAGGCCCGCGAGCUCAUGUGCUCAGGCGCCCUGCUGUUCUUCAGCCAUGGCCAGCAAAACAGUGCGGCUGAUUUGUCCAUGCUGGUCCUGGAGUCGCUGGAGAAGGCGGAGGCCGAGGUGGUCGAUGAGCUGCUGGAAAGUCUGGCCAAGCUGUUCAGUCUGAUGGAUCCCAACUCCCCGGAGCGAGUGGCGUUUGUGUCUCGAGCCCUGAAGUGGUCCAGUGGGGGGUCCGGGAAGCUGGGCCACCCCCGGCUCCACCAGCUGCUGGCCCUCACCCUGUGGAAAGAACAGAACUACUGCGAGUCCCGGUACCACUUCCUGCACUCCAGCGACGGCGAGGGCUGCGCCGACAUGCUGGUGGAGUACUCCACGGCCCGGGGCUUCCGCAGCGAGGUGGACAUGUUCGUGGCCCAGGCUGUCCUCCAGUUUCUCUGUUUAAAAAACAAAAGCAGCGCGUCAGUGGUGUUCACGACGUACACACGGAAACAUCCGUCCAUCGAGAGCGGCCCUCCCUUCGUGCAGCCCCUGCUCAACUUCAUCUGGUUUCUGCUGCUGGCCGUCGAUGGGGGGAAGCUGACGGUGUUCACGGUGCUGUGUGAGCAGUACCAGCCGUCCCUCCGGCGGGACCCCAUGUACAACGAGUACCUCGACCGGAUAGGACAGCUGUUCUUCGGCGUGCCGCCCAAGCAGACGUCUUCCUACGGAGGCUUGCUAGGCCCUUCCAGGCCGAGGUCUCCCGCAACCCUGGAUGGACCGAACAUCUGCUCUCCCCGCCAACACCUGGACAGACAGCGCUCCUCCCCGAUCUCCAGGUCCACUGGGUCCUGCAGUGUCACCCUGACGCCCACCUCCAGCCGCACCUGAGGCCCCACUCACCUCCCUGCCCACCUCAGUGCUCUGUCCCUCCUGCCUCGGCGCAUGGGACGCCCAGCCCAGCCCAGCCCACGCAAUCCAGGCCGCGACACACCCUCUGGGCACUGCCAGGGAGCCCCGCUCAGGCCUGGUGUCCCCAGCCCCACGGCAGUGCACCGAGUCCCUCCGGUCCCUAGCACUGCCCCCCGCUCGUCUCAGGACCUCCCUUGACUCACGGAAACCAGAGGGAUCCUCCGGAAAUUCAAGUUGGGCUGCAACACCCUCCCCCCACUGCAUCUCCAGUAUAGCCGGACAUGUGCAGGGUCGGGUCAGCCCCCUCAGCAGGACCACCUCCUGCUGUCCCCCACCCCUUCCUCCUCUCCUUUCCCGCAUCCUCAGCAGAGUCUCAGCCACGGGGCCUUUGCACGGCCGUUUCUUCCUCCUGGAACGUGUCCUCGCCCCUUGGGACAUCACUUGUUCUCACUCUUCCCAGCACUCGGCAUAGCUGGGGUUUGAGUCGCCCGUCUGAUAGACUCUUGUCUCUCCUGCCAGACUCUGCUCUCUCACCAAGGACAGAGCCACAUCAAGCAUCUACGCACAGGGCCUGGUGCAGAGCAGGUGCCCACAACUCGCUGGGGACUCGGGCCAGGACGGCAUCCCACUGCUCGUGCAGAAAGCCUCUGGGCUCCCGGCACCUACCCUCUGCCUUCCCUGGGCUCAGCCUCCCGACAAGGAAAGUGAAGGUAGAGGCUUCUGGGUAAAACUGAAGACUUGCUCACGUUCCUUGAGCCAGGUUCCCUCCCAACACCUGUUAGUACUGCAUAAGGGAUUGCUUUUUCAAGGCUUAACCCCAUGAGAUGGCGAGAACAGUCACAAAGUGCCAGGAGCUGGCAGACAGGUGGAGGUGUGAUCCAAGACAGCUAAAGCGGAAGCCACGGAGGAAAGCUGAGGCACCGCCCAGUUUGUAUUGCAGACCCCAAAGGGCUUGGGAAUGCAGAGCUCUAGGUUCCCCUGGAAGUGAGAGGGGGGUUCUAAGCAGGAGAACUGGCUAAGAGACUGCCCCUCCGCCACCCUGGCAGAAGAUGGAGCUUUAUUCUUUGCAGGGGGUAGAAAGAGAGGGUCUCAGGGGAGAGUUGUGCCAGGCACAGGGUGUGUGUGUGUGUGUGUGUGUGUGUGUGUGUGUGUGUGUGUGUGUGUGUGUGUGUGUUGGGGCAUCAUUCCAGAAAGAGUGAAGCUGUGUGACUGCACACCAAGCCUGAGGCCCCUCCUGUUCUCUCUCAGCUCCCUCAGUGCUGGGACUCAAAGGUAUCUGCACCAGGCAGGAGGGGUUUCCUCCAGAGAAUCUGACCAGCCCCAAAAAUCUCUCACAUGGAAGUCAGAGAACAGAGUACACAAACAGGAAAUAGCCGCUUAGAAGAAAUAAACAUUGUUCAAGGAUAAGAAAGCUUCAAAUAAUCAGAGAUAAGAUACUACAAUCAAGAAACAAGAACAAUGUACUUUGAAAAAGGAACACUGCAAAAACCAAAAGGAGCUCUGAAGAUUGAAACAUUGAGAACAGAAAGAAAACUUUCAAUAGGAAAGUUGCAAGACAAAGUUGAAAUUUUCUAGAAAUCAGUGAAAAAGGGAAAAAGUGGGACUAGAAAUGAAUGAGAGAACCAAUCUAAGACAGCCAAUAUCUGAAUAACAGUUCUAGAAAAUGAGAACAGAGAAAAUAGAGGAAGAAAUUAUUAAAGAAAUAACUCAAGAACUAUUCCCCCACCUCAUGGAUGUAAAUUACUAGGCAAGGAGGACUCACCAAGCUCCCAACACAGAGAAGGAAGACAGACCCACGCCCAGGCUGUCAUCGGAAAACUCUAACUCAAGUGGAAGUUAGGAUUUUCACAUGUGCAAGGUCUCUGGAAGCUUGCCUCCAAGGCACUCCUUCUCAGGAAGCUACUAAAGGGUUUGUUCCACCAGGAGGAGGGAGUAAACCAAGAAGGACUUAGAUUCCAGGAAAUGGAAUCAGCCCAGUAUUGAGAUGUGGCCGCAGGAGAGAGGAUUCCAGAAGGGUGAAGUUGCUUGCUGCCCAGGACAUAUCCAGGGACUUGGGCAGUCGGUGGUGAGGUGAGUCAGUAAUGAACACGUGGUUACCCAGGGGGGAAAGGCAGCUGUUAGCUCUAGGAGAAAUGAAACAUGCAGGAAGCGAAAAGUCACUGCUCAGCCUUGAGAGCAUUUCUGUGGUCAUGGUAAUGUACACUCUGAAUAGAGGUGUGGACAGAAUAGCAAGGUAAGGGUGAUUGAUGGGUGAGGUGGGAGAGGAGCGGGCCUGGGCGAGGUGAGGGGUGGGGACUGGAGAAAGCCAGUGCCUCAUCCACCGUGCUGGGAAGUCAUCAGGCGAUGAGAACAUGGACAGAUCUGGCAGCAGCACAAGCAUGUUGUGCACGCACGUGGACAUGGAUUCCCAAGGGAUCAGCUAAAAGCUGAAAAGAGGAUUCUGGGAACAUGGGGUAGGAAGCACCGGGUAUCUGUCUCCCCACCUGGAAAACAAUGGCACUGGCAGAAUCUGACUGAUGUAACCAUUUUGGAAUUCUGAAGUCUGUUGAAGUCUUAACAACUUCCAGGGGAAGACUUGGAGAGUACAUUGUGGUUAAUUUCAGUCAAUUUCCGCUCUGAGAACAGAUGCAGCUACCCAUCCUUCCCCCCACCCCCACCCCCAGGACAGGCCAAUGUGCAGGUGUCCUGGAGCAACUUACACAGAGUUUGCAGGAGCUAGGGUGGGCAAAAAGGACUCUGUCCUCCACAUAUCAGGGAUCUGUGCUCUGAUCACAGGGAGACAAAGGAGGGGGGCAUUGUUGCAGCCCCUCCCCCUCCAGCUCAAGGCCUCCCAAAGAUUUAAAGGGCGAGCACCCACUUUCUCCCCUUCUCUUUUGGUUUUCCCCCUUUGGGAGCCAGACAUCAAAGACUAGGACAUUCAGAAACAGCUGCAUAUACAGGGGAAAUUAGGAAGUGACCACACAUGACCAGGGAAAGGCUCAGAGAAAAACGUGAGCAGAAAUUAAGUUUACACCUCAGGCUGAUCCUCGGCACAGACACGGCCUCCAACAACUAAAACAAAAAGCCCAAAAGCAACAGCAAAAUAAAUAAGCCUCGGGGAAGGGGGGAGAAUCUGAUUUCCAGAGUUACCACAUUAUCAGAAUCAAAUCCAGUGUUCAACAAAAAAUCACAAGGCACACAAAGAAGCAGAAAAUGGUCCUUUCAAAAGAAAAAAUAAAUCAACGGAAUCUGUCACUGAAAAGACUUAAUGGCAGAUAUACUAGACAAAGACUUUUAAACGUGGUCUUAAAUAUGCUCAAAGAAAAGAAUAUUUGGAGAAAAUCAAGAAAAUGCAUAAACAAAAUGGAAAUAACAAUAAAGAGAAAAUCUAAAAAGAAACCAGAAAGAAAUUCUGAAACUAAAAGUACAAUCAUGGGAAUGAGAAUUUCACUAGACGAUUCAAAGGCAGAAGAAAGAAUCAGUCAACUUGAGAGGAAAAUGGAAAUUAUCAAGGCUGAGAAACAGAAAAAAAGAUUGAAGAAAAGCAAGUAGGGCCUAAGGGACCUGUGGGACACCACCAAGAGACCGACAUAUGCAUUCUGGGAGUCUCAGAAGGAGAAGAAAGAGAGAAAGGGGUGGAGAGAAUAUUUGAGGAAAUAAUAGCUGAAAACGUCACAAGUUUGAUGAAAGACAUGAAUAUAAACAUCUAAGAAGCUCAACAAACUCCAAGUAAGAUGAACUCAAAGAGGUCCACUCUGAGAAACGUUAUAAUCAAACUUUGAAAAGACAAAGAAUCUUGAAAGCAAGAGAGAAAUGACUUGUCACAUAUAAGGGAUCCUCAAAUAGAUAAUGAGUAGACUUCUCAUCAGAAACGUUGGAGGCACAAGACAGCUAGCCAAUAUAUUCAAAGGAGAAAAAAACAAAACAAAACCCUCUCAAUAAAGAAUCCUAGGGCUUCCCUGCUUGCGCAGUGGUUGGGAAUCUGCCUGCCAAUGAAGGGGACACGGGUUCGAGCCCUGGUCCAGGAAGAUCCCACAUGCCAUGGAGCAACCAAGCCUGUGUGCCACAACUACUGUGCCUGCACUCUAGAGCCUGUGAGCCAGAACUACUGAGCCCGUGUGCCACAACUACUGAAGCCCGUGCGCCUAGAGCCCACGCUCCACAAGUGAAGCCACCGCAGUGAGAAGCCCGCGCACCGCAAUGAAGACCCAACGCAGCCAAAAAUAAAUAAAUUUUUCAAAAAGAGAGAUUAAAGGUAAUAUUUAAAAAAAAAAAGAAAGAAAGAAAUGCUCAGGGAGUCCUACAGGUGAAAUGAAGGAACACUAGACAGUACCUCAAAACCUUGUAGAGAAACAAAGAUCUCAAUAAAGGUAAAUACAUGGGCUAUUAUAAAAGC